ACGUUUACGGACAAAAGAAGAAGGUACAAGAUGGCAGCGUUCGUGAGAAGCGUGUUAUGUCAGCUUUCCACCGAACGAAAUGCAUUUCUAACCAAAACUAACACUAUUAUCGUCGAAUCCAAACGACUUGUUCGUGGACUGAGGAGGAAACCUGUCCGAGUUUUGUUUCCUGAGAACGACUCUAGUAGAGUGGUGAAUUCUCAUCAGCAGCCAGAAGAAAAAGCGACAAGAAUCACUUCUAAAACACAGAAUAUUGAGAGAAAAGAUGCAGUUAAAAUGAAAAUCACUGAGCAGUCGAGUGGAAAGCGUCCCCAGGUUGCUGUUACAAGGGAUCAAGUGGACGGAGUUCGCUUUGAGAGGGCUUUUCCCGGAGACAAAAGAUUAUCGAAGCUAGUAAGCGUUGCUCGCUCCAGGACAUUCCGUGAGCACCAGGGCAAAAUCCUCCUUGAGGGCAGGCGUUUGAUCUGUGACGCUCUGGAGGCCAACGCCAGUCCACAGAUGGUGUUCUUCAGCACCGUGGAGCGACUCCAGGAGCUGCCUCUAGACAAGCUGAGAAGAGCCACGCUUGUCAAAGUCAAGUCUGAGGACAUAAAGAUUUGGUCUGAUCUUGUUGCACCACAGGGAGUGAUCGCCAUAUUUUCUCGGCCAAACCCGGAACGGUUGAACUUUUCACAAAGAGGACAGUCCGUGCCGCUUUCCCUGAUAUGUGAUAAUAUCCGGGAUCCGGGUAAUCUUGGGACCAUGCUGCGAUGUGCUGCUGCUGCUGGCUGCCACAGAGUCCUGCUCACAAAAGGUUGUGUUGAUGCUUGGGAGCCUAAAGUUCUACGUGCAGCCAUGGGUGCACAUUUCCGACUACCCAUUUAUCCCAAUCUGGACUGGGAUGAUGUUAAAAAUCAUCUGCCUAAAUCGGUGACUGUCCACGUGGCUGACAGCGGCCCCGACAUAAGUGCUGAAACAGGGGGAAAUGGGUCUCACAAACCGUCCAAACCAGGAGACUUUGGAUGGGUCAGCUCAAGGCCUGAUGGUAAAAACAUGUUGUACCAGGAAUAUGACUCUGACUCAGAGUCUGACUCAGAGUCUGACUCAGAUUCUGAAGACGAGGGCCCUCAGCUCUCCAGAGUGGAAACCAAGCUGUACCACGAGACCUGGACUCGGAGUCCCUCUGCGCUUGUGAUUGGUGGAGAGACGCACGGUUUGAGCGUGGAAGCGGUCCAGUUAGCUGAGGAAACCAGCGGUCACAGGCUUUUUAUUCCUGUUGUUCCUGACGUGGACAGUUUGAAUUCGGCCAUGGCGGCCAGCAUCCUUUUGUUCGAAGGCAGGAGGCAGCUGUUAACGCUGCUGCAAACAUCUGGGAAGAAACGUCAGUCUAAACCUGAGAGGAACUUUUCCUGAGGUUUCCAAUUGAAUAUGGAACCAAAUGUAUCAUAAUCCAUCUGUCUUGCAGUAAAAUCCCGAGUUUAAAUUAGGUUUUGCAAAGCUUAUGUAUCAGGUGUUGUAUUUGUGUUCAUAUAUUUUGUUUUAAGGACUACUUUUAGCUAUGUCAUUGAGCCAAUUUAUGAAUAUUAACUGAUCUGUAAUUGGAGGCUAUUACAAACUUUCCUCAAUCAUU